AUCCGUGGUAUGAUUUUGCAGGCCAAGGAACAACUCACAGGUCAUCCAAAACAACCCAAAAAGCCACUUAUCCGUCUUCGAGUUGUAUAUACAGAUGAGUCUCAGAUGUUCAACACAGCCAGAUUUGCCACAAGUUUACAGAAGAUGUUGCAAAUCCCAAUGAAAUGAUCUUAUUCAAAAAAGAACGUAAAAGAAAAAAGAAAAAUGAGACUGGUAUUGAUAAGGAGGCCAUGGAUGCAGUUUUUGCUGGUGAAGAUGUUGCAGAGACAAGAGUGGAGGAUCUUGUGGAGCAAUAUUUUUCAGAGCUGCAGGAUUACACACAGAAGCUAUUCUUACUCUCGGAGCGAGGUUUAGCAAAGGGGGUAAACACCUUUGUCGAGAAAGAUGACAGAGAUGCCAUCAGCACUGUUUUUCAGCAUCAAGUUAAGAAGACUGUGGACCACAUUUUAUCCGGAGAUGGAGAUAUUGAUGAGGAAAAUAUUUUGGAUGCAAUUAUCACCUAUCGAGAAGAAAGACUUACAAAGAAUAAUCCGCAGUUGGAGGAACAAGAGGCACAAGCAGCCUUAAGUAGUACAACAAGAGAGAGAAGAAGAGUUAGUGAUGAUGAUGAUGCGAUAUGGAUGACAUUGAUGUGGAUGACCUCAGCCCUCCGCCAGCUAGGUAAUGUAGUGUAUCAGAAUCUGCAGCUGUUUUCCUUUUCAGAGAAGAGGAUCGCGAGGAGGUCGUGGACGAGGCAUGAUGGUUCUCCUAAGGUAUCACAAUCUUACCAAGGGCACGAAGCUACACGAGGAGAGAAGCAGAAGGCAGCGACAAGAAAUCAAGUCAUGGAAUCAUUUUCUCGGGCCAGAACUGCUGCUUCAAGUCGUAAAGGAAUUGUCUAUGACAGUGAUGAUGAUUAG